CAUCGGCACUUUCGCUUUCGACGGGCUACAUGCAUGGUCUGGUAGAGGCAGCCGGCGAACGCCUUAGAACACCUCGUCGUCACCAUGCGAGAUCGAUACUGUCCCAUUCCUCGAGAUAACCAGCAGUCUCGUGCUGCACUGGUGCACAACCCCAAUUUCGUCUCCCUUCUUCACGUACUCGACGUCUCAUGACCCGUGUCGUACGCUUGGAACAGCUUAAAACCGAUUCUCAACGACGUUCAACCCAUGCAAUAUACCGAGCUUCGGUCGAUUGACAUCUCACUCAAGCCGACGAACGAAUCUGCCGCGACACAUACUCGCUGGGAAGAACUCGAUGUGGCGUUGGCACGGGUGAUGGAGUUUCGUCCUCGGCAAGUCCUUACGUUCUGGUUGGUCAACGAUCUCCGCAAACCACAGCCGUGGUUACCAGCUUUCACGGAAUUUCUUCUGGAUGAGCUGCCGUGGAUGCAGGCCCAGUGCAGGAGACUGGCUUUAAUGUAGAUGAACGGUAUUGCUGAAGUGCAAGAGUUCGAAUGUGGUCUGGCGCAGCUUUCGGUCUUCAUGUUGAGGCAAGUAUGAGCCGUUCACUGUCAGUUGCCUCUACCUUUUGGGUGGAGGCCUUCUGCGUGCUCAGGCGGACUUGAUCUUUCUAUUACUGUUUUUGAUUUAUUAAUAACGGUUUCCGAGUCAAAACUACCUCGUGUCCUAUGCAAAACUCUGA